UCCCUCCCUUCCCACGCCCCAGUGCGCUGUGGGAUAGUGGCACUAUAAAGUAUAUCCUCUCUCGGAGAAAGAUAAGAAGCCCGAGACAGACAGGAGGGGGAUGAAGAUGGCGGACGCCAAGCAGAAGAGGAAUGAGCAGCUGAAGCGGUGGCUGGGCUCGGAAACGGACCAGGAGCCUCCUGUUCUGAAAAAGAAGAAGACGAAGGUGAAGUUCGAUGAUGGCGCCGUGUUUCUGGCCGCCUGCUCAAGCGGCGAUACGGAGGAGGUGCUCCGAAUGCUGGACCGGGGCGCUGACAUCAACUACGCCAAUGUGGACGGUCUCACCGCCCUCCACCAGGCAUGCAUAGACGACAAUGUUGACAUGGUGACUUUCCUGGUGGAGCAUGGAGCCGGCAUCAACCAGCCCGACAACGAGGGCUGGAUCCCCCUCCACGCCGCAGCCUCCUGUGGAUACCUAGACAUAGCAGAGUAUCUCAUCAGCCAGGGUGCCAAUGUAGGAGUGGUGAACAGUGAGGGGGAGACACCGAUGGACAUCGCUGAGGAGGAGGCGAUGGAGGAGCUCCUGCAGAAUGAGAUCAAUAAACAAGGGGUGGAUAUCGAGGCAGCCCGGAAAGAGGAGGAGCGGAUCAUGCUGAGGGACGCCCGGCAGUGGCUCAACAGCGGCCAGAUCCAGGACUGCCGGCACACCAAGUCCGGAGGAACUGCGCUUCACGUAGCUGCUGCGAAAGGAUACGUCGAGGUUUUAAAGCUUUUAAUCCAAACAGGGUAUGAUGUAAAUAUUAAGGACUUUGAUGGCUGGACUCCUCUACAUGCAGCAGCACACUGGGGCAAAGAGGAGGCAUGUCGGAUACUGGUGGAGAAUCUAUGUGACAUGGACCUCAUUAAUAAAAUGGGCCAGACAGCUUUUGAUGUAGCGGAUGAAGAUGUUCUGGGAUACUUAGAAGAACUACAGAAGAAACAAAAUCUGCUGAUAGGCGACAAGAAAGACGUUAAGAAAUCUCCUUUGAUUGAAACGACGACCACCGGGGACAACAACCAAUCACUGAAACCACUCAAGAGCAAAGAAACGCUGCUUCUGGAGCCAGAAAAGAGCGCCCCACGCAUCGAGACCUUAGAACCUGAGAAGGUGGAUGAAGUAGAGGAUGGGAAGAAGGACGAGUCGAGCUGCUCCAGUGAGGAAGACGACGACGAAGAUUCAGAGUCAGAGACUGAACAAGACAAGAGCAAGCCUUCAGCGUCGGUGAGCAACAGCACGACGCCCGCCCCGACCAGCAUCACCGUGUCACCUCCAACUAGCCCAACCAACCAGGUGACAACCCCCACUUCUCCGGUAAAGAAGGCCCCUCAGCCUGCUGGAAAGGUCUCCGCUAAAGUGGAGGAGGAGAGGAAGGACGAGUCUCCGGCGUCGUGGCGGCUGGGUCUGAGGAAGACGGGCAGCUACGGGGCGCUGGCGGAGAUCACCGCCACCAAGGAGGCUCAGAGGGAAAAGGACACGACCGGAGUGAUGCGCUCGGCCUCCAGCCCUCGACUCUCCUCCUCUCUGGACAACAAAGACAAAGAGAAGGAAAAGGACAAAGGAACCCGGCUGGCCUACGUGGCCCCCACCAUCCCCAGGAGACUGGCCAGUACUUCAGACAUCCAUUCAGACGAGAAGGAAAACAGGGACUCGACUGCUCUGAUACGUAGCGGCUCGUACACCCGGCGGCGCAUGGACGACGACCUGAAGAACAGCGAAGGAAGCGCCUCCACCAACCGAACCCCCAGCUACCAGCGCAGCACGUCCCAUACGCUAGCACUAGGGCGGAGCGGCAGCACGCGGGACGUGCCAGCCAAGUCUUCGUCCACCUCCAGCUUGGACCCUAACACCUGUAAUACUAAACCCUGGCAGCCACCCACCUCCCACUACCAGUCUUACAGCAUAUACCGCAGCGGCUCUUUUGGCAGAAGACACGAGGACUUGAGCUCCUCGACCACCUCCUCCUCCGCCCCCACGACCACCACCACCUCCUCAUCUGUUACCUCGCCCACAGGCCACCGCGGCCUGCUCUCCAGCCUGGGCUCCUCCUCCACCCGCACUGGCUCCACCAGUCUCACCAGCAGGUACUGGUCAGAGGAGAGUGCAGACAGGGAAAAGGACAAGGAGAAGGAGUCUGCUGCGGUCAUCCCCACUAUAAACACUGGCUCCACUACGACCACCACAUCUACCACUACCACCACCGCCAUAUCUACCACUACCACCACUGGCAUCGGCACUGGCUCUGAAAGACGCAGGUCAUAUCUGACUCCAGUGCGAGACGAGGAGUCAGAGUCCCAGAGGAAAGCUCGCUCCAGACAGGCUCGACAGUCGAGGAGGUCAACCCAGGGCGUGACUCUGACUGACCUGCAAGAGGCCGAGAAAAUCGGCAAGAAUCGAACCCCAAAGACCCGAGAGGAGGAGAAGGAGGAGAAAGAAAAGCAGGACAAGGAGAAGGAGAAGCAGGACAAGGAGAAGCAAGAGGAGAGGAAGGAGACGGAGACCAAGGAAGACGAUUACCGGUCGAAGUACCGCAGCUUCGAAGAGCGCUACCGGCCUUCGUCUUCCUCCUCUACCUCCGCCAUCUCCACCGUCAGCACUGCCUCCACCCCGUCCUACUCCAGCAGCACAUUGUCCUCCAGCUCCAGCUCCCUCAACAGGCCCAACAGUCUGACGGGGAUCACCUCCUCCUACAGCCGCUCCUCCAGAGACACGGAAAAAGAAGCGGACAAAAAGGAGGAGGAGAAGGAGGGAGAGGACAAGUCCCAGCCCCGCUCCAUCCGGGAUCGCAGGCGGCCCCGCGAGAAGAGACGCUCCACUGGGGUCUCCUUCUGGACCCAAGAUGGUGAUGAAAAUGACCCUGAACAGCAGUCAGACUCAGAGGAGGGCAGCACCAAGGGAGAGCCACAGAGUGACAGAUUGUCCAGGAAUGAGAGCAGCACUUCAUCCUUAGAUCGCAAUGACACUCUAUUUAGCCGCGGCUACGGUGAGAGUCGGAGGACAUACUCGAGCCGACUGGACAGAGACGACACCACUGACUAUAAGAAGCUCUACGAGCAGAUCCUAGCUGAGAACGAGAAGUUGAAGGCCCAGUUACGUGACACAGACCUGGAGCUGGCAGACUUGAAGCUACAACUAGAGAAGGCCACGCAGAGGCAGGAGCGCUAUGCCGACCGAUCACAGCUUGAGAUGGAGAAAAGGGAAAGAAGAGCUCUAGAAAGGAAGAUUUCUGAGAUGGAGGAGGAACUUAAGAUGCUCCCAGACUUGAAAGCAGACAACCAGAGACUAAAGGACGAGAACGGAGCGCUCAUUCGAGUCAUUAGCAAGCUUUCCAAGUAGAACAGACCCCCCUCGCUCCCGCCGCCCGCCACCCACCCACCGUCUCCUGCACCCCCUAGUCCCCUCAUGGCAGCGACUAAUGGAAUUGCACAUUUAGAUAUUAAUUGCAACAGACAUCAGAGACAAGACUCCUUUUAUUUUUCCUCCUCCCAGCUCUUUUAUCUCCCUUUUUGUGCUCCACCACCACUACCACCACCACCACCACCACUACCACCGCAGCAUCCAUCCAUCCAUCCUCCUCCUCCUCCUCGACUAUUAUUAUUGUGUGGCUGCUGUCCUGAUAGAGUUUACAGAGCAAAAAAAAGGAGAAAGGGUUGUGUGAUGAGCAUGUAGAAGCAUCGUGGGCGGGGAAGCCUGAAAACUAUUUAACCAAUAAGCCUUAGUUGUACAUAAAGAGGAAAAAGAAAAAACACUUGCAGCGAUAUCUCUUCUCUCUUUCUCUCUUUUCUCUCUCUUCUCUUUCUUUCUUUCUCGGCUAUCACUGAAGAACAGAUAUUAUCCAACACCUGAUUUUAUUUGUGCCACAAUCUCUCUGAUAAUGUAUCUUUUUUGUUUCCUCUCCCUGUGUUAGUGUUGUGUGCUGUGCAGUUUUCCCCCCUCUUUAACCCUUUUUUAAAAAAAGUGCCACUUCUUUUCUGCCCCUCACAUCAGCUCCUUUUUGUGGCCCCUCCCCCUUUAAAAACACACACAGAUCACAAACGCACACACACGUACACACUCCCACUCCUUAUUUUUUUCCUUUUUUUUUUUUUCGUUACCUCUGUGUGUCUUCCUCCAAGAGGGAAAAUUUUUUUGAAUUCUCGCUUUAGCGAAACGAGGCGGACCUGGUGGAAUUUAAGCUUUCACUGUAUGUGCAAUAUGCAUUUCUUUUUUUUUUUAAUGCUUUAAUGAUGAGUCCAUCACAAGUAGGAUUUUUCACUCUUCCACCGCUUCCAUCGCUCACCUUCCUCCUCCUCUUUUUUUUUUUUUUUUUUUUUUGUUUUAAGUUUGUAGUGUAGUCAGUUUAUACUCUGUAUUUCUCACUUUGUUUUAGCAGGUACUGAGUGAUGCUGUAUAUACCUGUAUGUAUUUGUUUGAGACCAGCACAUGGCAUGCGUUUAUGGUUCCCGUCUGUUACUAUUAAAAGUAUACAAAUUCCAGAGGACAAAAAGGUGUGUUUUUAAUUAUUUUUUCUUUUUAUAGUACAUUGGCUACAGUACAGUAGAGCCUCUCUCUUACACGGGACGGCUGGCAGUGUUCAGUGCUAUUUUUUUUCUUCCAGUUUAAAAAUAAGUGUUCACAUUAAAAUUGUGAGAUAAUAAUAAGAAAAAAAAUAAUCGCUUCACUACAUUUCACUUUCAUUGUAUUCAGUAUCUUGGAAGAGUGCUGUUUAAUUUUGUUUCCAAUUUUUUAAAAAGCUGUAGUAUUAUAGCCAAGGUGUUGUCACUUAAAAAUAAAAAAAUAAAAUAAAAAAAGAAUAUCUUAGGUAUCGCUAACCCAGUCCUUUUUACAAAUGUCUACAUGCACUGUCAAUGCCAUGUGAGGAGUCUUGAUGUCAGGUUAAAGCAAAUCGCCACCAUCACAUAUUCCAUGCAUCUGAAAACAUUAUAUGCAUUUCAGUGGCCUUUUAAGGAUAUUUUAGUAAAAGUUUAAAAGAGAAAAAAGUCACUGCAGAUGGACUGAUGACCAUCUACUCUGGUUUAGACUUUUUUUUUGUUUUUUUUGUUUUGUUUUUUCUUUAUUAUUUUUUUUCCCGUCAUCUUGUAAAAUAGGUGUGUGGCUUAAUACAUGCAAGCUGUGCUGUGACUACCAACCACUGAAGAGUUCAUUAAAAAUAAACUUGUACAUUGUAAA